GCCGUCUGCGGCUGUCCUCCAACUGAGGGAAAAUAACUUUAAUUCGCUGAUAACCAUGGCGUUACCAAUGCUGCCUGGAAAUUCAGUCAACAGAAAACUUGGAAGAGACAAAUUUCACAAGUCUCAGCAUUUUGAUUAUUCAAAUGGAGUAGCCAUGAUGGUUGGGACAGAAAAGCCGGGCAUUGGAGGAGAUCUGCUCCUGGGACAGAGUGCAAGACCCAAAUAUUCACGUUUUCCAAAGGGAGAGGGCAGUGGUGCUCCAGCAUGGCUUGCCUUUGACAAACAGGUCCUGUGUUUUGAUGCUUAUUUCAAUGAAGCUGUUCCUCAAAGGAGGGAAGAAAAAUAUAGAGUACGAAAGUGCAAGAUUUACUUCUACCUGGAGGAUGACACCAUACAAGUGGUGGAGCCAGAGUUCAAAAACAGUGGCAUCCCACAGGGAACCCUGAUUCGGCGCCACCGCAUUCCUCUCCCAGCUCCUAAAGAUGAUUGUUUCUACAACGUGCACCAUUUCAACAUCAACCAGGAAGUCGUGUUUUAUUCCAGAAACAUUAUGAUCACAGACUGUGACCCCUUCACUCGCAACUUUUUGAUAAAAAUGGGAGUCCGACUGAAUCCUCCUGCUUCCACACCAGCAGAUCCCUAUACUACCCUUCGACAAGAGUUGGAGGAGAACAUGAAGCCACUGCGGCCGUAUGAAAGACUGGAUACCCUGAGGCAGUUUUUGGAGCAUGACCGCCAAGUCCUGCGCUUCUACUGCUACUGGGAUGAUAGUGAGAGCAUGUUUGGAGACCCCAGAGAGCUGAUCCUGCAUUACUUCCUGGCAGACGACACCAUGGAAAUGUAUGAAGUUGUUCCUCCAAACUCUGGUCGAGACACUGUCCCUAAAUUUCUGCACAGAGGCAAGCUUCCCAAGCACGCUCCUAUUCCCAAACGUCAGCCUGGAGAAAUAACAGACCGCACAGUCCUCAAUGUAUUUGGACCAGUCGGACAAGGAGGACGCUACAUUUUGGACAGCCUCAAAACUGGAGCAGUAGAAGAAGAGUUCUAUAAAGACUGUGAUCUGACCAUUGGAGCUGUCAUUAAUGUAUGGGGUCGAAGGGUGUUGAUUUGUGACUGUGACUACUUCACUAAAGAGUAUUAUCGCUCUAAAUAUGGGAUUGAGGACUUUCCAUCUAUCUCAUACAAGGCCUCGCCGCCUCCUAAACCAGCCAGACAGGUGCCACCCUACACUGGAUUUGGAUCCGAGGAGGAUUCGCUAUGUUCCUGCCAGGGUUUGCUGCCUAAACCCCCACAGAAGGAUUUCAAGAAGCUUAUGGAGAAAGACAGGCAAGGUCUGGUGAGCAACGUGUUGAGAUUUGUGGGGAAAAUGCUGACAGACAGUCCCGUUGACAAGGAACGUGUUUUUAUCAUAUGCUUCUACCUUACUGAUGACACAAUAGCAGUUUUUGAACCUCCGCAGAGGAACUCAGGUGUGAUCGGGGGUAAGUUCUUGGAGAGAGGGCGAGUGAAGAAGCCAGGACAGGAGCUGUUUAAGAGUGAGAUGUCGGAGUAUUUCACAGCUCAGGAUUUGUAUGUUGGAGCUCAUCUGCUUCUGAACAGUCAACCUUUCCAGCUGCUGGAUGCGGACGAUUUUACAUUCAGCUAUAUGGAGCAGCAUGCAGAUGAGUUCCCCAAGGCCAACAUUGGCACCAUCAUUAGCAAGGUAAAAUCCAUCAGUGAGGAACAGCAGAAGAAAGUAAAACAGUUUUUCAUGAUGAGUGACCCAAGCAGCACUGGCUUUCUUCCAUAUGAGUCAUUCAGGACUCUGUUGGCAGAUCUGGACGUGGAGUUGUCCGAACAUGAGAUCAUGACACUGGGUCGUGUUUAUUCGGUGCGGCAGCAGCCAGAGGUGGACGUGGGUUUCAUGCUUGCUGUGGCUCAGGAUCAUCUGAAGAAGAAAAACUUUGAGAAGUUCCCAGAAAUGAUCCAAGCUUUUAUACAUGAGGACCGGGACAGAUGUGGCCAGCUCUCAUCUAAAGAGGCCCGGAUCAUCUGUAAGGCUUUUCGACUGCCCCUGUCUGAUGACCUGCUAAGAGCCCUUCUGGAGAAGUUUGCAGGCGAGUCAGACAAGAUUGACUAUCACGCUUUUCUAUCCGGAAUCAACUGGAGAGAAAACCCCGUCCCCGCUGUGCUUCCAGAGGACACUGUAAAGUUUGACGCAGACUGGAGAGGAGAAGCUCCAGAGCCUGCAGUGAAAACCAUCAACUACUCGCUCUUACUGGAGGACGUCUUUGGCAGCGCCACAAACAUUAAUGACAGCUAAGUAUGGCCUGAUGGGAUCCUCAAAAGCAUGAGAGAAGAAGUCAAGAAGUCUGCAGCACUUUGUGCACCGCAUUGAUUAAACUCACAUUGUUGCAUGCUGUCGUUUGUGUUGUGUUGCGUGAAUGUCAUAAUGCAGUUUAUGUGUAUUUUGUCUUGUGUUAUUUAUUCGACUUAGAAUCAAAAACAUGCUGGAAUGAGAGAGCCGUUUGGGACCAUGUGGAGCAGUUAAAAAUAUGAGCCGCUAAAUCAAACCAUACUUCAUAUCCAGGCAGACAGACAUGCACAUUUGCUGUUAUUAUGUGGAUAAAGCUGUCAAUAUAAUACGACAACAUGCCUUUGGCUAUAUGAGAGAAUUUAACUGGCCCGCUAUAUAGUCAUAUUCCCCAAAUGUCUUUUUAUGAUUGGCUUGAAGCAAAGCGAGUGUUUUUCCCAUGCUAAAAAGGAAAUCGUCUUUAUUUUAUAACCCGCAAUGGCUGUUCGCACUUAUGUAUUGGCACAUUAUGCAAUUGAUAAAUGCUGAUGCUGUAUAUAAAAAGACAGGUCGAGCGUGUCUGUAAUCAGAGCUUUUGUGAUCAAGGCCUCCGUUCCCGGCCAAGACAAAAAGAAGUGCAUUACAUCACAGCAGGCAUUAUCAAGUCUUCAUUCCUAGCCUUCACACUUACUAAAAUAUUAGCCUCAUGAGUUAGCAGGCUUCUGUCCGAAACACAAAGGCUGACGUAUGGAGGACAUUUUUAGCCUGGCUCCAGUGAAUGGGGAAUGAGGCCACACUUUGAUAUCCCAGACUGUAACAAUGACCCCCGGUUACAUCUGGUAUUAACAUCCAUUUCUGUGGUCAGCAUUUAAUACCGACGAAAAGAAAAAGGUCCAAAUUGGGAUCUGGUCAGACAAACCACAUUUUGAAGUCGUUAAAAAUCAUGUGACAACAUUGUAGUGAAAAUGAUAGUGUGUCACAGGCAAUAACGAGAAACUGAUGGGUAUUAUCUGCAAAGCCAACUAAAUAAAUGUCUUUAAGCAUCUAUAUAAUGUAAAUAAUGCUCAGGUUCUUGCAAUAAUCAUUUUUCUUAUUAAGGGGCUGUUAGCAUAUGACGUGUAAAACUGUGUGGAAAACAUGACGUGCAUCAUUUCCUUCACCAAUUUUAAAGUGUUUCUGAGCUUGU